ACAAGGGGUUGCACACAGCAACUCUCUCUCUCUCCCUCUCUCUCUCUCUCUCUCUCUCUCCCUCUCCCUCUCUCUCUCUCAUUACGUCCCUCACCUUGACCUCACCUAUACUCUCUCUCUGUCUGUCCUCAACAUGUUGCCGGCUCUAACCAGAACCAUGCGGCGCAGCAACCUCAGCUGGUCCCGGGUCGUCCUGCAGAACCGCAGCAGCAGCAUUUACAGCAAACCGCCCAAGACCAAGAUCGGACCCGGGCAAAGUUUCUUCAUCAUGUCGGUGUUUGCGACGGCUCUCCUGCUUCCAGCCGGAUGGAUCCUGCACCACCUGCCUGAGUACCGACAGCGCCCUCCUGCUCCUCCGUCCUGAACAGAGCGCCACCUAGCUGUCAUGCUUCACGCCAACGGCGAACCGGCUACCUCUGAAGCAUCACUCACCUCCAUAAUCCACUUGUUUGUCAGAGCACUAAUGAGGAAACCUGAGAGAAAUAACACAUCACUCCUCCGUGGUGUUAGCACAGCGUUAGCGCAGCACUGCUAAUGUCACUGCAGCUCAAGACAGCGCUUACUGUGUAAAAAAAUGCUACACAUUCCUUCCUGUAAUAAACACAAGCUCUUAAAGUAAAACAGUCUAAAAUC